GUGGAGCGCGCGGCGCCGGGCGCUCGGCCAUGUCCGUGGAGAGCUUGGGGCCGGGGCCCGGGCCGGGGUCCGAGCCGGGGCCGCUCUGCCCAGAGCACGGCCAGGCUUUGAGCUGGUUCUGCUGCUCUGAGCGACGGCCCGUGUGCGCCGCCUGCGCGGGGCUGGGCGGCCGCUGCCGGGGGCACCGCAUCCGCCGGGCCGAGGAGCGCGCGGAAGAGCUGCGGAACAAGAUUGUGGACCAGUGUGAGAGGCUGCAAAUACAGAGUGCUACCAUCACCAAGUAUAUGGCUGAUGUCUUGCCAGGGAAGAACCAGAGAGCAGUGAGCAUGGCCAGUGCAGCACGGGAACUGGUCAUCCAGCGGCUGGGUCUGGUGAGGAGUCUGUGCGAGAGCGAGGAGCAGAGAUUGCUGGAACAGGUGCAUGAUGAAGAGGAGCGGGCCCACCAGAGCAUCCUGACGCAGCGAGCACACUGGGCCGAGGCGCUGCAGAAGCUCGAUGCCAUCCGCACCAGCCUGGUGGACAUGCUUACCCAUCUGGAUGACUUCCAGCUGAUUCAGAAGGAGCUGGAGAUUUUUGAGCGGACCGAGGAAGCAGAAGGCAUUUUGGAUCCCCAGGAGUCAGAAAAGUUAAACUUUGAUGAGAAGUGCACUCGGAGCCCACUACUGACCCAACUCUGGGCGACAGCUGUUCUCGGGACCCUCUCAGGCACGGAGGAUGUGCGUAUUGAUGAGAGGACUGUCAGCCCCUUCCUGCAAUUGUCAGAUGAUCGAAGGACCCUGACCUUCAAUGCCAAGAAGUCCAAGGCCUGUACAGAUGGCCCGGAGCGCUUUGACCACUGGCCCAAUGCCCUAGCCACCCCUUCCUUCCAGGCUGGGCUGCACGCCUGGGUGGUGAACGUCCAGAACAGUUGUGCCUAUAAGGUGGGUGUGGCCUUAGGCCAGCUGCCCCGCAAGGGUUCAGGCAAUGACUCUCGUCUGGGCUACAAUGCCUUCUCCUGGGUCUUCUCCCGCUACGACCAGGAAUUCCGUUUCUCACACGGUGGGCAGCACGAGCCCCUGGGGCUGCUGCGUUGCCCAGCUCGGCUGGGGGUGCUGCUGGACUUGCAGGCACAGGAGCUGCUAUUCUACGAGCCGGCCUCAGGCACGGUGCUCCACACCCACCACACAUCCUUCCCUGGACCCCUCUUCCCAGUCUUUGCUGUGGCUGACCAGACCAUUUCCAUCGUCCGCUGACCUUUGGCCAUGGAGAGGCCAGGUCUGCCUCCCCACCACCUUUUCAGGCCAUGUUUCUACCCAGUGUCCCUUCCUCAAAUGUUGCCUGUGCCUAAUGGGCAGUUUUAGGAGGGGUUCUACGUACAAUGGUUAAAUGCUGGGUAUCUGUGAGGAACCUGCUACAUCCCCGGGCUUGGUCUCCAGAAUCCACCAUGCAUCUGCCCCUUUGAGGGUCUUGUUCACCUCUUUAACUCUGGCAUCCAGCAUGGUGACUGGUGCAUAGUGAGUAUGCAAUAAACAUUUGGCAAGCGAGCGGAUGGUUGGAUGGAUGGAUGGAUGGACGGGUGGGUGGACAGGUCACUGAGUGCAUGUGGUGGAUUCUUCUGGAGAAUCACCAUCCCCAGUAUAAGCCGUUCUCUGGCAGAAAAGCCUGUGACUGAAGCUCUUUCGUCCCCUUAAUUCAGUGCCUCUCAAUCCUUUUCAUGACAUGGCACAUAGAGAAACUAUUUUUCUAACACACAAAACAAUCUGGAAGGGAUUUAGAACUCCUGCCAGGCUGCUGCUGGCCAGAGGACUGUGGCCUGGUGGGGGCUCUAUCCUUCCCCAGGUCCUGCCUGUCUACUCAGAAGGCUCAGGGGAUCCUGUCUCCAGGUAACCUGUCUGCAACACACCCACCGGCCACGCAGCCUCCAGCCCGUGACCGCCUGUAGAAAAAGGGACAAAUCUUCCCCCAACUGCAGCUGAGUGCCCCCACCUAAGCCUUCUCUUACAUAAUAUGGAGACGCGGGGUGAGGUCUUCAAACCAGAAAGAGCUGAGGGAGUAAGAGGGCCAGCCUUAGGGAACAUGUACUUUAUUAAAGUUUUUAAAAGAUUGAAA